UACUAAUCAGUACUUACAUUUACCAACAAAAUUUAGGCCAUGAUAUUUAUUUACUUUAAUCGUAGAGUUGAAUGCCUUUUUAGUAAUUUACAUUACUGACAAUGUGUACUGUGUAUGCACAUCACACACACACACACAAACAGCACGCACGUUUCCAGCAUCAUUAGUAUAUUAUUUUUUUUUGCACGAUAAAGUUAUUUACUGCUCCAUGCUAAAGUCCUGUUGACACAUGUGACUGAUCAGCUUAAGGAAGGUGAGGUUAGGGUUGUGCCAAUGUCUUUAAUCUGCUGACAGUAGUCCCACUCUUAGGAGCUCCUCACAGACAGGAAACCACUAGAAGACAAAGUGUGGUCAGGUUGGACUGCUGAGAGAUGACCCUCCACUUGUUGGCCACCCAGCUCUGGAGAUACCGUGUGGCAGGUCUCAUGGUGACCUUGGGGGUUACCUUUCUGCUUGUACUUAUAGGUAGUCAUUUGUUGCAACAAUCAAGCCCUCAUGUUUGGCACAAAGGAUGGAGUAAGCAGCCAGUGGAGAAUAGAGAGGGACUAGCUUAUGGUGGGAAUGCCAAUCACAGACCUAACAAACCAUACCAAGACCACAAAAGAAGAAGUAACACUCAGCCCUCUGGUGCACAGGAUCAUAUGGAUGCCAAUAUUUAUAAUAUACUGAGGAAAAGGACACGGAGUCCUCCUGUUGUUUUCCUUAAAACACACAAGACAGGAAGCAGUACUGUCCAAAAUCUGCUGUUUCGCAUGGGAGAGAAGAACAGAGCCACAUUCGCUUUCCCUCAUUACACCUACCAGUUCGGCUAUCCAGAUAAAUUCAGGGCAGAAUUUGUGGACGAGUUACCCGAUGGUUACUCUCAGUACGACAUACUUUGUAGCCAUAUGCGUCUAGACGUGGUACAGCUGAAACAGGUGAUGCCACCAAACGCCAUCUACAUCACCAUCCUUCGUGAACCUCUACAGACAUUUGAGUCCGUUUUCUCCUAUUACACCACCACUGUUCCUGCUUUCACCUUAGCCAAACAGACAGCAGAGCACAAAUCAGCCUUGUCGGUUUUCCUGGAGUCUCCGGAUUCAUUCUGGGACCCCAACGAGCCUGGUAAUGGUCUAGGAAAGAAUCCCAUGAGCUUUGAUUUAGGUCUCAACAGCCAGCAGUGGAUCUCUUCCUGGCCAGCUGACCUAACUCUGCUGGAGGAGACCUUCCAGCUAGUUAUGAUCGCAGAGCAUUUUGAUGAGUCCCUGGUCCUCCUGGGGGCCCUGCUGAACCUGAAGCUUGAGGAACUAGCCUACGUUCGCCUUAACACUCGCUCUCCUCAGGAUGUCACUCCGCUGGACGACAUAACCAAAGCCAGGAUCCGGGCCUGGAACAGCCUGGACGUGUUGCUGUAUGACUAUUUCCUCCAGGUCUUCUGGGAGAAGGCAGAGCAGUAUGGGCUGGAGAGGCUGAACAGAGAGGUGGCUCUACUGCGGGCCUCCACAGACACAAUCAGACAGAAAUGUGUGGCCAGGAAUGGGGUGCCUCCUGGGGAACUUGAGGACCUAGUAAGACCUUGGCAGAGUGAUUCAGUCACUAUCUUGGGUUAUCAGGUACAGGGGAACCUGACCAAGCAGGAGCAGGGAUUCUGUAUACGUCUAGUACUGCCUGAAAUUCAGUACCAUGCCCAUCUGUAUUUCCAGCAGUAUGGUCGAGACAUGAGGGCUUUGCCUACAGAGUAAGGCAUGUAAGGGACUGUAUAAAAAUUAUUAGGGGUGGUAGGUGGUCAGAAAAGGAGGAGGUUUCUGUACUUUUCAUACUUGCUCAAGGGAAUGCAGUCUAUAUUGUUUGGGAGGGCAGAGUACAGUGUUUCAACUUUUUAUAAUCCCAGAACAUCCAUUAGUUGUUGACACAUUUUACUUAAAACCAGUAUCACCAUGGUGGUGAUUGAGGAAAAGUUGGGGGAUCACCAAAGUCAAUAGGUGCGUUCGAGAGGACUGCGGCUGACUUUUGCCGACUUAACAGUCAAACGUGAGCUGUUGCCGACUGCAGGAGCAGGGCAUAAAAGCACUGCCGUCCAGUCAGGCACAUUCUACCUCCUGUUAGCCGGAGGUAGAAUGUGCUUUGCUCCAGUGAGGUUAUAAAUGUCAUUGAUCAUGCAGCGUAGGACCUCACUUUUUAUAAAAGAUCUGCCUGCCACCCCAAUACUUUUCAGACAGUCCCUAAAAGCUCAGAAAGCAGCACUUAAAGUCACCACUACACCACAGUAAUAACUUAGUAACUAUAGGUACCAUGUAAAUACGGUGUAGGAGGAUGGUGUUGUGGUGAGUUCCGGUCUUUUUGUCUUUACAUUGUUUUUAUUCAGAUAAAAGACAGCAUAAAACGAUCCCGCUAAUAAUAAUAUUUUCAGUAAAUUGUCCUUUUCCUGCAAGAGUACAUUCACAACAUUUAACUUCUUCUCCAGUAAAGCCAUGUUCUUUCUGUGUUUCUCAUGUGAGUCACAUGUUCACAGGAAUCCAAUGUUCUAAUCCAUUCAAAGGCAGCACAUCCUGUCACAUGACAUGAAACAGUGAGAGAGUGUUUCUCAAAGUAAUACCUGCCUUAAGUUUGUCCCUGGAAGGAAAUCAUUAUCAUUUAUUCUAUUUCUAUUCUUUUGAAUAAAUUAAGUUUUCAAGAACAUGGAUUUCAUGGACUAACACAAAAAGGCUGAGAUGGCAAAACAGAAACCAUCCUUCACCCUUCAAUUUGAAUAAUAUCUAAAUGUUCUCCUCUUAAAACAAUAAAUAAAAACACAAAUGAGCACAAAACCGCAAUAAAAAAAUAUUACCUGAACAUUUUACAAAACCUUUAGGGAGUCCCUUGAGCUUGCUGCUAGUGGAUGUUGAGGACUUUGUUCUUACGCUCAGUAGUCGAUACACAGCUUAACUGUCACAUCAUUGAUCACUGUACAGCCUUGAGGGAAGAGUUUAUCUUCUUAUGUUCAUAACAGAACAAACUCGUCCAUGCUAGUGUCGGUUCCUCUCCGUUCGUUCUUCCUCUGGAUGUAGGUGACAUUGUUUGUGGGUGUAUUGCUUGCCGACUCCUCCUCCUGACUUUUUCCUUCUGCAAAUAUAAACAUGGGGUAUGUCUCUGCAGAUGUGGAGAGAGUCUAUGGGAGAAACAGAACAAUAACUCAACCAGUUCAAGACAAUCAAGAUUCAACCCUAAAACAUUUUGUUUUGUCAAAUGACAUCAUCACUUUUCUGCAUGUAUGACAAUUGCACACUAAGAGACAAAUAUUGAGUUAUGCUAUACUAUCCAAAAGCUACACAGCUGCAUUUUAACCAUCCAAGGGUUCCAUGAAUAGAGACCCAAAUAACCCAAUCACAUACCUCAUUAACAACUGUGCACAGUGAUUUGAAGUCCUUUUGGUCCUUAGCAUAGAAUCCUAUGGUACAGCUGGGGUCCAUGCGAGAGAAAGCCAUUUUCCUGGGAUUUUUACAGUGAAACGACUGCAAGUGGUGUGUAGACAAAGCACAAGAAAAGAAUACUGAUGAGAAAU